GCUCACUAUGCAUCAAACCAACCUCAUCAAUUCCGGAAAUCAUUACUGCCGUUUCUCUCUGUCCCCAGCUUGCUCUGACGCGCUCACAUUACGAAAAACCUUCGAAGAUGCCCUCGAGCAAACCUUUGGCGCCACAAGCGCUAGAAGUGCUGUUGAUAUAGUAUGGACUGCCGACGAUGGGACCCAGGUGCUGGUCAGGACAGCGGCUGGGGAUGCGCCGAAACUACUCGCCGCUGUGGCGACUUACGAUGGAAGUCUACGCCUGACGCUGAUGAAGGAGUCGCCGUUUCUCCCAUCGCUAAUACGAGAAUGCGCAUGACGGGUACUUUGCACCAUCGCUGGAGAACAAUCUUAUGAGGAUUGGCGCGGUCUUCGCAGGAAACGUGUGUGCAUCUAUUUUGAAGGCGGAAAGAUGGACGAUGCGCCGUA